UUCUACCGGCUUCGAGUACCUUGCAGAUACAUUAGAUGCUAAAGAGGAGAGAUGGAUAACAGCACAGGAGGUGAAGAACUAUGAUUACAUGCUUUUAGUGUCCUGGGUAUUUUGGUCCGUGUUGACGUUUAGAGACACAACUAAUGUCUGGCAGAAGAAAUAGUUGCAUAUACAGUUCAGCAAGACUUUGAAGAUUUUGAAGAUUCCAAACCCAGGACAUGCUGCCCACCUGGAGAUUCACGUUUGAAAGAUUUUAAACUGGAGAAACCAGCUGAGAUGUCUAGGACAAAUUGCUUUGGACAGUGAAGGUAUCCAUCUGAAGGACAUGGAACGUGCGUAACGGGCCAGAAUAUUGGGGCCAGACGCUGGAUAGAAGUGUUAGUUCUGUAAUGCCAAAGGGGGUUUGACCUAACCAUGUAUGACUCUGCAUAGUUAGUGGUUGAGGGGGCUGUACAGGUGUGUCCAGACCAGACAUUCCAUCCCCUCCUUCCAAGCUUCUAAUGCUUCUCCUCUUCCCCCAGUCUGCUGUUUCACUUGACAUCAAGUUAUUUCUUGCGACUCUCUCCAUCGCUUCAUUUCAAUGGAAAAGCCACAGAAAGAUAGAGCAGACAUAAUCUAUUGAUGUAACCGUCACACAUCCGAGACCAGGUCCGUGGCAGCAACAGCAAAAACAACACGCAGCUAAACACAGAGGGGAAUAGCAGAUGGACCAUGUGGAGCCAGACAGGAUACUGCACUCACAUGCCUCACCCUGGACAUCCCUUCUACCAUGCGCCCUGCAGUCAUAACCAGAGGGCCACCACUUUUUUGCACCCUGGGACGGGACAGGUGACUGCAGAUAGCGUGGAUUUUAUACUUCAGGAACAGCCAAGUGGACGCAUGUCCAGGCUACCGGCUGCAGACCUGCGGCCCUCCAGCACCGUCAGCGAAGCCUCCACCGCCGUCACCACAUCCACCGCGGAUACCACCUCAGUGUCAAAGGGCUCCAGGUUGAGUGUAAGGGUGCACAGCUUUGGUAAGAGAGACCAAGCCAUUAAGAGGAACCCCAACAUCCCAGUGGUGGUGAGAGGAUGGCUCUACAAACAGGACAGCUCUGGGAUGAGGUUAUGGAAGAGGAAGUGGUUUGUCCUGGCUGAUUACUGCCUCUUCUACUACAAAGACAGCAGGGAGGAGUCAGUCCUGGGUAGUAUCCCCCUGCCCAGCUAUGUCAUCUCAGCUGUGGAGCCAGAGGACCACAUCAGCCGCAAGUACGCCUUCAAGGCCAGCCACACGGGCAUGCGCUCGUACAUUUACAAUCAGAACUCUAUGAUUGGCUCUCAGGCGGAGCACAGUGGGAUGAGAACGUACUUUUUCAGUGCUGACACCCAGGAGGACAUGCAUGGCUGGGUGAAAGCCAUGAACCAGGCUGCCCUCAUGCAGAACCACACCACCAUGCUGAAGAGGCCUUCAGACAGUCAGAAAUCCGAAAAUUCAGAUACAUCCGAGUGCCAGGCAGUCCCACAGACCAACCACAUCAUCACCAACCACACCAAGACCAACCCCGAAGCACCCAACCCUCUCGCUGACGGCGUGGUCCUGGAACCUGUCGAGAUCCACAGAGACACGGUGGACGCCGCUAGCAUCCAUCCAAACCCUCCACCAGUCACAGAGAUCCCCAGAACCAUAGACAUGAAAAUCUUCCCCACCAACCCCCUGGACCUCCCUUUUGACUCGGCCUCAGUGUCUGCGCCCGUCUCCAGGGCGCCGUCCUGUGUCCCGUCCCGCGCUCCUUCCCGCGGAGCCUCGACGCUGCCCCCCAGUGUCUUUUUGAGGAAUGGCUUGAUCCCCUCGCCAGUGCCAGAGCCCAAUGGAAUAGGGGCGGGGACAUACCAGAGGGCCACGCUGCCACCUAUGGAAAGGCAGGUGCAAAGGAGGAGCGCAUUGGAGCAAGUGGAGGACUGGGUGCAGGUGCAGAAGGGAGAGCACAAAGUCCCCACCUCACGAGAAGGCUCCCUUCCUCGUCGUACCCCCCCAACGCAGCCCAAGUUCAGCAGGGUGGAGACCUACCAGUCCUUGCCAAAAACUCCCCGCCACAGCCCCCCAACUGCCGCUCGCCACGGUGAGUACAAGUACGCCCAGGACCGCCUCAGCCACUUCCGCCUCACACCAGACCCCCAGACGGGCACCCUGUCCAGGGAGGGAACGGGCCCGGGGGGCACCACUGUGUGGCAGCUCUACGAAUGGCAGCAGCGUCAUCAGUUCCGCCAUGGCAGUCCCACUGCCCCUCUCUACACACCUGCCCCGGACUACCCGUUUGGCCCAAGGCCCCCCUCCACCGUGCCCCCCUCGGCCCCUCGACCCUCCUCAGAGGUGCCCCGUUGCAUUUCUGUACCUCCGUCGCCCUCCGACAUCCCUCCACCAGGACCCCCACCAGGCUACGGCCGGACCCUGUCUCCCCCUCGCAGACCACACAUGCCUGCAGAUCGAGUGACGGUCAGGCCCAUGGGGGAGAGAUCGGCACUGGACAUGCCCUUAGCCGGCUCCCCUAGGCGAGCCAAGUCUCAGUUGCUCAAGACUUCCACCAUCGAGAGACGGUCUAUGCCUUCUUCAGGCUACAUCACACACACAGUCAGUGCACCCAGCCUUCACGGAAAAACGCCCGAGGAGCUCACCCUCCUCCUCAUUCAGCUCCGGAGGCACCAGACUAAGAUGGCUAACGCGCGCCUCCACACGCUGACCCAGCUCCAGCAGCUCAGUGGCCCCACAGCCCCUCACUUCCUCACCAACAGCCUCACCAGACCCCUCGUCACCAGUGGCCCCUCACUGGGGUACUACAUGUGCCCCUCAGGCCCCUGCUACUCCCAGGCUGACGAUACCUACAUGCAACUGAAGAAGGAUCUGGAGUAUCUAGACCUGAAGGUUGUUGGAAGUCAAACUUUAAAAGAUGCGGGAAAACCAGUGAAGGUUGCAGAAAGUGACGUGGAUGUGAAACUGAGUCGUUUAUGUGAGCAGGACAAGAUUCUAAAGGCGUUGGCGACAACAAUCAGUUCUCUGAAGGACGAUAAGGACAAGCUGGAGAGUGUGCUGGAUGUUUCCCACCAGCAGAUGGAGCAGUACCAGGGCCAGCCGGCCCACGCUGAGAAGAUCGCCUUCCAGCAGAGGCUGCUGCAGGAGGACCUGGUGCACAUCAGGGCCGAGGUGUCAGGAGCCUCUACGGAGAUGGCAAAGGCUUGGGAUGAGUACAGCAGGAUAGAGAGCUCUGUGGAACAGCUAAGGACGGCGCUGCAUGCCCAAAUGAACCACAGUGCCACCCCGCAGCAGGAGAAAGCAGAAAUUAAGCGAGAGUUGUGGAGGAUUGAGGAUGUGAUAGCAGGACUGAGCUCAAGCAAAGCCAACUACAAGGUCACCAUCGACUCUGUACAGAACCCUGAGAGGAAAGUAGUGCCUUUUGUGUCGGACUCUGCAAUACCUUCCCAGAGCGUCACGCUCCCCGUGGAGGAGAUUCAGCCCCCCCCUCGCAGCUCCCAGCCAAGCCCCGCAUCCCACACACUGCCUCACAAAACCGUGCCAAAUUGGGCUGAGGAUGAUGCUCCGCCCAGACCGCCGCUGCCCCAGCUCUACGACUAUGAGGACGCACCCCCUGUGGUGCCGCCCCUCCCUAAAGAGGCGUCGGCUAUCAGACACAUGUCAGUACGAGGGCUCAAGCGCCAGUCGGACGAGAGGAAGAGAGACAGGGAGAGCGGCCUUGUUACAAACGGGGACUGUAAGGUGGAGUUACGGUCGUACCUGAGUGAACCGGAACUGCCAGGGAUGGGUCAUACUGGCACUGAUUUUGAGGGUGACCACCACACCCUCCCAAACAGAGGUCUGUCUAGCUCCUCGUCCAGGCUGAACCAGUCCAGUAACAUCUCCUCCUACGUGACCCUGAGGAGAGGAGCACCGGGCUCCCUGGGGAGGGAGAGGCCCAAGAGUGCCUUGGAGCGUCUGAAUCCCGACUCCCAGCAGGCCCUGCCAGCGAGCAGCAGCCAGCCACGGGGCCGCAUGAGCGCCGAGGAGCAGCUGGAGCGCAUGAAGAAGCACCAGAGAGCGCUGGUGCGAGAGCGGAAGAGGAACCUUAGCCACGGGGAACGCUACUCCACCACGGCUGCCUCCUCCUCCCGGCCAGCUCCCCCCUCCUCCGCUGUCGACCUGGGCCCCCAACAGCAGCAAAGGAUGAAGACUCCGUUGGAGGAGAGACAGCGGGCCGAGGACCAGAGUGAUGAGGGGAGUGGUGUGCCAAAGGAAAGGGAGAAGCUCCAGUUAGACGAGUGGAUGACUGUGAUAGCCAAGCCCAUGAGAGAGGUGGACCUGGACCCUCUUGAUUAUGACUUGGACAUCAGCCGUGAGCUGUCCAAGCCCCAGAAGGUCCUUAUCCCAGAGCGCUACGUAGAGUCUGACCCCGAUGAGCCUGUGAGCCAGGAGGAGAUGGACCAACGGUCACGCAGAGCAGAUCGCAUCAAAAACAUCCUGGCCAAAUCCAGUGUCCAGCAUUUGCCACCAUCUGGGGCGGGCGUGUCGCUGGACUUCACCGACCUGGACUCGGCCCUACAGCAGCAGGAGAGGAUCAUGAGUGUGUCCCAUGCCCUAGCCUCCGAGGCUUCCCGCAAAAGCAAGGAAGUCACAGCCAAGGCCGUGUCUGAACUUUAACCUCCAGAAGACUGUUGGCGUUGAAGGGCAAACCAUCUUACACUAAACAAUUUCAGCAAUAAGAGUAAUUUCUGUAAUGCUUUUGGCUGAACCUAGAAUAUGAAAAUAUUUUUAAAGAACCAAAAAUGUGUACUGCAUAAAGUAUUUGAUAUUGUUUAAUUCAAUUAAGAGUUUUUAUGCUUUUGCACUUUUAUUGCAUGUAGUGUCAUUUACAAUGGUAGUGAAGAGCUAUUGAAUACCAGACAUUGCUUGGCUGUGUUUCUGCAAUGUGGUCUUUAUUUCACGAACGAGAACACUAAAAGCAAUAAUAUUUUUUUAAACAGUAGACUGAAACUGCUAUAUGGAAUGAUUGAGUGAAUCAUAUUUAUUGUAACUAUAAUAAAUUAUAAUUUUGCAACUAAUUAUAUUUUUGUUGUUGCACAGCACUGCCAUCUAAAGCUUUCAAUAAAUCAACAUCUUUAUGUGUA